AUGGCUACAAACCUUGUUCACGGCGUUUAUCAACACCACCGCCGCCUGAUACCACCGCAGCAAUGUUUCAAUUUCUACCGUGAUCGGACCUCCAUUAACGUGAACACCGUAUCCUCAAAUCUGAAGCAGUUCUUUUCGCUGCGUAGGCAAAUUAGGGCUCCGAGAUCACCUCCGGUUAUCCGUAGAUUCACCACAAUUUCUGCAUCACUUGAUCUAACCGAAGACAAUGUCAAGCUCGUUUUAGAUGACGCUAGAACAAAGUUUUCACACUUAUUCGAUGCAUCAGUAGGAAUGACAGGAGUUGCAGAAUUAGCUGAAGUAGAUGGACCAUUUGUGAAGAUUAGACUCACAGGUCGAUUCUGGCAUGAACGUUCUCUUGUUUUAGCCAGACUUGGAAACUAUCUGAAAGAGAGGAUUCCAGAGAUAUUGGAGGUGGACAUUGAAGAUGAGAAGCAAUUAGACGAUAGCCCUGAAAACUUUUGA